CGUUUACCCUCGCUCAUAUCAUAACCAUCAUCAUCCAAAAAAACCAACCAACAGAUCUUAAUUUCUCUAUCUUUCAGACAGAUCACAUUUUUGAGAUAUUCUCUCGUUUUUUUUUUCUCUCUCUCUCCUCCGUGAAAAUCUCGAUUUUGAAACCCUAGAGAAGAAGAAGAGGUUCGAUUUUCUGUAACAAUGGCGGCAACUGAGGAACCGAUUGUUGAACCAACGGAGCAAGAGGUUGCUUCUGCUCCGGUUGUGGAGGAUGUUCCGGCGGAAGAGAAUCAUGUUGUUGAAGAAGCUGGAGGAAAAGCGAAGAAAACUAAGGCGAAGAAACCUGCUGCUCCGAGAAAGAGGAAUUCUACUCAUCCUCCUUACUUUGAGAUGAUGAGUGAGGCGAUUACGACUUUGAAGGAAAGGAAUGGUUCGAGUCAACAUGCGAUUCAGAAAUUCAUUGAGGAGAAGCAUAAGAAUCUUCCGUCGAACUUCCGGAAGCUUCUUCUUGUGAAUUUGAAGAAAUUCGUUGCUUCUGGUCGUCUUGUUAAGGUGAAAGGAUCUUUCAAGCUUCCUUCUACUCGUUCUGCAGCUCCGAAACCUGAAUCAGCUUCAUCGAAGAAACCUAAAGCUACUGCUGCUGCUACAAAGGCGAAAACGAAAACAAAAUCCGUCGCUAAGCCAAAAACUGCUGCUGCUAAGCCGAAAACUACAGCUGCAAAGCCUAAAGCUAAGGCCAAAACUGUAGCUGCUGCUAAGCCGAAAGCGGCACCUGCUAAGGCGAAAGCAAAGGCAAAACCAGCAGCUAAGGCAACUAAAGCUAAGCCAGCUGCUAAGCCGAAAGCGGCGGCCGCUGCUGCUCCUGCUAAGACUAAAACCGCUGGGACUAAGAGGAAGGCUGUAGCUGCUGUGAAGCCGAAAGAGAAGGUGGCGAAGGUUGCUAAGACAUCAACUAGAUCAACUCCAUCAAGGAAAGCGGCUGCUCCGGCUAAGAAGGCUGCUGCACCUGCUAAGAAGGCGGCUGCACCGGCUAAGAAGGCGGCUGCGGUUAAGAGUGUGAAGCCGAAGAGUGUUAGGUCUCCACCUAAGAGAGCAAUGCCAAAGAGAGGGAGGAAGUGAAAGAGUAUUUUGUUGUGUUGUUAGAUAGUUUGGGGGUGUGGUUGGUGGUUUGUAGGGUUUGAUUGGAUGAAUAGUUCUGUAAAUGUUCCGAUGUUUUAGUGGGUGUAAUGUUGAGAGAGUUUUAGCGCCCAUACAAUACAUGGAAGUUGGAGUUCUUCUUAUUUACUUUUUUUUUUUUUCUUUUUGUUUAAAUUUUUCUUAGAUGUUUAAUUUGAGAUGUUAUUUAGAUGUAGUGUUCAAUAUGAGUAUGAAUGAAGUACGAGAUCGAAAUUUUAGAUUUUACAAA